UCUAUCUGUCAAAACAAAUAACAUGCGUAAUUUUUAGGUUAGAAAAACUUUUAGCCAAACUAAAAAAUAUGACACGCGUUAAGUUUUAACAGUUUUCUCAGAAAUACAUAGUUUAUUAAUUAGUGAAAAUGGUGAAGAAGAAGAUCGACAACCGUAUCAGGGUUAUGAUUGAGAAUGGAGUCAAGUUGGGACAUAGGACUAUGUUUCUUCUUGUGGGAGAUAAAAGUAGGGACCAGGUGCCAAUCUUGUACGAUAUGUUGUUAAAAUCCACCGUAAAAGCGAGGCCUACUGUGCUGUGGUGCUAUAAAAAUAAAGACGAAGCUAUUAGCAAUCAUGGUCGUAAAAGAGCAAAGAAAAUAGCAGCAGGAAAGCUGGAGGUAUCAGAAGAGUCACUAUUUGAUGCAUUUCGAGUAGCUACUACAAUCCACGGAAGAUAUUACUCAGAGAGUCAUGCCAUGCUGGGUCAAACGUACGGUGUUUGUGUUCUGCAGGACUUCGAAGCCCUGACUCCAAAUUUAAUGGCUCGCACUAUAGAGACAGUCGAAGGCGGUGGAUUGAUCAUAUUCUUGCUCAAAACUAUGGACUCUUUACGGCAGCUACAUUCAAUUACCAUGGAUGUUCAUUCAAGAUUCAAAACGGAAGCUCACGAUGCAGUAGUGAACAGAUUCAAUGAGCGGUUUCUGUUAUCACUGGCCGACAACCCCAGAUGUCUCAUUUUAGACGACAAUCUGACUGUAUUGCCUAUUUCGUCGAAGACGGCACAAGUGGAGCCUGUUCAUGCUACACCAGAGCGUGUAAACCCAAAGCUGACAGAGCUAGUGUCAUCUUUGUCGGACUCGCCGCCCGCCGGCCCACUGGUGGCUCUCUGCCGGACCUACGAUCAAGCGACUGCCCUAGUAGCUCUUAUCAACACCUUAGCUGAUAAACAAUCCAGGCCUCCACACUGCCUAACCGCCGCCCGAGGUCGGGGCAAAUCCGCGUGUCUCGGCCUAGCAGUCUCCGCCGCGGUUGCCCUAGGCUACGUCAACAUCUACGUCACUUCCCCUCACCCUGAGAAUUUAAUCACGCUCUUUGAGUUCGUACUCAAAGGUCUGGAUGCGUGUCUGUACCAGGAGCACAUAGAUUAUAACAUCGUGAGGUCCACGAACCCCGAUUUCAAGAAGGCAAUUGUGAGGAUCAAUAUCGCGAGGAAUUCGAGGCAGACUGUUCAGUACAUCACACCAGACGACCACUCGUUACUGGCGGCGGCAGACUUAGUGCUAGUAGACGAAGCGGCCGCCAUUCCUUUAGCGCACGUAUCAGCCGCCGCACAGAAGGCGCCACUAGCGCUUCUAUCUUCUACAGUGUCAGGAUAUGAAGGCACGGGCCGCGCGCUAUCGCUCAAGUUGUUCGCACAGCUGCAGAACAAACACAACGCCCCGCCCCCGAUCAAACUAGAAGAGCCGAUCAGAUACCGUGCCGGUGACCCGGUGGAAUCCUGGCUAAACUCUCUCUUAUGUCUGGAGGCUCCGGCGCCGUCUAUAGGCGUGGGUGCUCCGCCCCCGGCCGCCUGCGAAUUGUACAGAGUCAACAGAGAUGCUCUGUUCUGUUACCAUCGCGCUGCCGAGGCGUUCCUGCAUAGAUUAGUCGCUAUAUACGUGGCCAGUCACUAUAAGAACAGUCCAAACGACAUCCAAUUACUAGCGGACGCGCCGGCCCACUGCCUGUUCGUGCUACUGGCGCCCACGCCGCCCAACGCGACCUCCAUGCCAGAAGUGCUGUGCGUGAUACAGCUGUGCCUCGAGGGAAGCAUAUCCGAGAAGUCGGUUAAAGACAGCCUCGGUCGCGGUCGCAAGGCGGCUGGUGACUUGAUUCCAUGGAACAUCUGUGAGCAGUUCGGAGACAAAGAUUUCCCUAAGCUAUCCGGAGCCAGGAUAGUGAGGAUAGCCACGCAUCCGUCUUAUCAGAGAAUGGGCUACGGUAAACGCGCGCUGCAACAAUUAGCUUCAUACUAUAGCGGAGACAUCCCGUGCCUUGAUGAGCCUGCGUCCGACGAUGAAGAUCAAGCUUGCCGGCCUGAUGAUACAUUACACACAGAAACCAUCGUGCCCAGAGCCAAGCCACCGACACUACUGAAGCGGUUGUCAGAGGUCAGAGCAGAAGAGCUAGACUACCUUGGAACUAGUUUUGGUCUGACUGAGGAACUGAUCAAGUUCUGGAAGUCGCAGAAAUAUGUGCCUGUUUAUCUUAGUCAAAAAGCCAACGAGCUGACCGGCGAGCAUUCGUGCAUCAUGCUGCGAGCGCUCGGGCUCGGCGCUUGGCUCGCCGCCUACAGCGCCGACUUUCGCCGCCGCCUCGCACGCCUACUGGCCCGGUCUCUAAGGAAAUUACCGGCGGCGCUAGCUUUGACUACGAUGGUUAAUGAUAAUGUGGCUGUGGACAGACCAGUGAUCACCAAGCAGCGGAUAGCCCAGUACCUCUCAGGGCACGACCUGGGCCGCCUGGAGGCCUACUGCCGCCAGCAGGCCGACUACCGCCUCGUCUGCGACUUGUUGCAACCAGUAGCCGAGCUGGUGUUCCACUGCAAGGCCAAUGUCAAGCUGGACGCGGUCCAACAGGUGAUCCUCAUAGCCAUGGGCUUCCAAAUGAAGGACGUGGACGACAUAGCGGGCGAGCUCGGCUUACCCGGGUCUCAGAUCCUGGCCAAGUUCUACGAGGCCUGCAAGAAGAUUAACGCCGCCAUCAACGCUGUGCUAGAAGACACUGUGGCUAAAGAAAUAGGCAUAGACGACAAGAGCGCCGAGGACGCCCAAACCGACGGGCCGGUGAAGCAGAGCCUGCAAGACGAACUGUCGAAGGCUGCUAAGGAACUGGAGCGCAAGCAACGCAAGGAGCUGUCCCGCCUGAUGGGCGAGGACCUGGCGCAGUACCGCAUCAAGGGCAGCGAGGUGGACUGGCAGCAGUCGCUUGCUGCAUCCAAGCAGAAACACUUGGUCUCCGUCAAGAGUGGCGAGAAGCGUUUGGGCGACGACAGCAAAGAAAUCGAUGACCUCAUAGACGCACACAACAACAAGGCGAAGAAGAAAAAGAAGCACUCUAGAAACUAAUAAAUGAUCCUGAUCAAAGGUGCCUUUUAUUUUGUCUUUUACUGUCAGUUAAGUACACACUUGACAUAACA